AUGCCGCACAAGUUCUCCUUCCCGAGCAUAAAGAUUUACAAAGGUACCGGAGAUCCCGACAAUCACGUUGCUCAGUACAAGCAACGCAUGCUAGCUGAAACAACCCCUAGAGAAGCAAGGGAAGCUACCAUUUGCAAAGGAUUUGGAUCAACCCUGACCGGUCCUGCUCUUCAAUGGUACAUUAAUCUUCCUACCAAGUCCAUUAGGUCUUUUGCAGCCCUUAGCGAUAAGUUUGCAGAGCAAUUCACCAGUAGCCGCAAUCUAGAGAAAAAAUCGGAUGAUCUUUAUGAAGUCCUCCAGCGUAGGAAUGAACCCUUGCGUUCCUACAUAGCACGCUUCAACCAAGAGAAGGUUGCCAUCCCCGAGUGCAACGCUGAUACGGCUAUCUCAGCCUUUAAACGGGGCCUACUCCCGGAAGGAGAUCUCUACAAGGAGCUGACCGAGUACAAGUGCAGGACUAUGGAAGAUGUAUUAUCUCGCGCUUGGGCUCAAGUAAGAUGGGAAGAGGACGUCGAAAGCAGGGCAAAGGCUUACCGAAGCACAAUCAGAAGUCCUCAAAGCCAACUAGGAACGACCACAAUGAGGCCUUCCAUCCCAUGUCUGAUAAGGAGACUAUUAAUCCAGGCUGGGGCAGAUACCAAAACCGUCAUUUGCCUUGAUCCGAAGGGAUGA